AUGCACAACAGAGUUUUUUUCAGUAGUGCCCUAUGUUGCCUCACAGGCCUGAGCUGCUACGGCACAGGAAGCUUCUACGUGUUCCUGAAACAGUUGUUCCUCAGUUUCGGAUUCCCCGACCUGAACGAUUUCCUGUCCCUGAUCCCAGCCGACCGCCAGGCACAGCUUUUGAGCUCCAUCUCUCCGGAAGAACUCAGCGAGUUUCUGAACAGGCCGAACACAGUGAACAAUGCGUCUGAACUCUGCAGCCUCCUCGACGACUACAACAGAACCAAUGAAUACCUGGAGACGGAGCCUGUUCUGCCCUCUGCUGUGGCUAGCUACACGUUGGGGUGUGUGUGGUCUCGUGCUCUCACCGCCUCAUCUCGGGCUGAGGUAGAACAGUGGUUUAAUGUCACACUGGUUCACUACCUACCCUACCUCAACUCUCAUCUCAUCAGCUCCGACCAGCUCAGCGGUGCCUCCUGCCUCUCAUACAGAAAAUUGGUGUCUAUCUUGGGGGACAACUACAAUUUUUCUGCAACUGAUUUCACCCCAGCUGAUGUGUACAGCUCUAUUAAAGUGUAUCUGAACAGCAGCGAUGGCAGUCCCCGCUGCUAUAACUCCUCAGACCCUCUUCUGAACUCCACCGCCUGGUUUGCUGACAACAUUGGAUUCUUCAUCACUUUCAUCAAGCUCACUGAUCUGCAAUCAUUCCUAUCAGGAAACAUGUCACUUGUGUUCCUGGAGAACUCAGAAAAUCUUCAGCUAUUCAACAGCCCGGGCAUUUCCACCAGUGUCCUGGAGUACUACACAAACGAGUUAUACAUCCAGAAUCCUGACUUCAACCUACUCGGCUUGCCAGCUGAAUUGCUGUGUCAAACUGAUGCCUCCGUGUUUGAUCGUCUUGGAGAUGCAGACAUCACGACCAUCCUGAAUCGCAUCAACUUCUGCACCGAAAUAAAUCCAGAGGUCACAGCGGUGCUGGUAGCAAAGUUCCCCGAUGUAUCUGCCUCCACCAUCCAAUCUUUGGGCAGCCAGUGCGUGGGCCUGACUGUGGGCCAGAUAAGCUCCGCCCCCUCCGAUGUGAUAAACAGUUCUCUGACUAUACUCAGUAACAUCAAUGGCUGGGACCAGGGCCAAGUGAACUCCCUCAUCCAAAGCAUCCUGAGUGCAGGCUUUACUAUCAGCAGUGCCUCCUCUCUGGAGUCCCUGGGAACACUCAUCGGUGGUGUUCCCUCUGCAACCUUCUCAACCAUCCCAUCUUCUCAGUUUCUGUCUUUAUCUCAGAAUCCAACAUUCGUCGAUAACAUUCUCUCAGCGCCAGUUAUUCUGCAAACUACAUUUGUCCAGAAGGUAAUCUCUGUGGAUCAGACCAAAGUGAUACAGAAUGUUCCGGAUGCACUGGUGAUGUAUAUUCCACUUGUUCUACUGACGUCACUGAGCUCUGGUGACAUUUCACUAAUCAAUAACAAGAGCUGGAGUCAUGAACAGGCUAUGAUGUUGUUUGGUGCAGUGGCCAGUGCCAGUGAUGAUCCAGAAGAUCUGUCAGCAUCAGUACUGCAGGGAUUCUCCUGCAGCUCAGUUCAGACUCUCCCACAGGAAAAAGCCAAAGAUCUAGUGAAAGCCUGUAGACCACGUGCAGGCAGAGACAAGGUCCUACUGGAAGAGGCUCAGCUGACCUGCAUGUACAACUACGUGAAAGACGAUCCAUCUGUUAGCUUUACUGACGUCCCCUCUGAUAUGCUUCUGUACUACAGCUAUGACAAGGUCCAGAAGGUGAAUUGCCAGGCGUAUUUCAGUGCCCUGGGCAGAGCAGAUUUCUCCGUUCUUUCCCUUGACCUCGACAAGACGACCGUCCUGUUCGACCAUGCAAAGGACUGCCUGGGUAUAUCUGGUGUGAGUCUGACCGGGCAUCAGGUGGAGGUUCUGGGGAAUAUGGCAUGCACACUGGACUCCUCCUACAUCCAGAGCUCUGACCCCAUAAUUCUGGAGAACCUGAAGAACUGUGGAGAUCUUUCUGAUUCUCAGAUGACCGCUGUACAGUCAGUGCUCCUCAGUGGGAACACUGCUUAUGGCAAUCCCUCAACGUGGAAUGAGGACACUGUGGAGCAACUCAGCAACCUGGCUGUCUAUUUCAAAUCAAACCUCUGCGACAAAAUUCCCUUUAAUAUAAAGAGGAAGUUCAUUUCAGCCCUGAGGAAGCAAAAGAUCCCGUUGAAGAAGCUAAGGGCACUGUUUACAGAAUGCAACACAGAAAGCACUAGCGUGAGCAACAUCACAGCGGUGACCAUUUCAGACCCAUCAUUUCCUUUUGGCUUUAACUCCACACAGUUUGAUCUGUAUCUGGACAUCACUGUACUGCAGGAGAACCUGGCAGCCAUCACUGAGAAAGUGGUGGACACCAGCCUCCAGACUAUCAUUCUCAACAAGUUAAACCAGAUUUACCCAUCAGGUCUUAAUGACGAUGUACUGCAGCUGCUGGGUUCCACUUCUCGUGUGGCCACUACUGAUGACAUUAGAGAGUGGAACAUUACCAUAAUUGACACAUUGUCCUCUUUGAUGGACUCAAAUGAUGGACCCUGGGAAGAAGAAAAGAGUAAAGCAGUCAUUAUGAGGUAUCUGAACACGGGGAAUCACUCUCUGGGAAGUGCUGAAAUAAAUGUAGUUGGUUCCAACAUCUGCACUUUAGACAUCAGUGUGCUGGAAAAUAUCACUGCUGAGAGUCUAACGUCAGUCCUGUCUCCAGAUCUGUCCUCAUGUUCCAUUGAACAGAAAACUGCUCUGUACACCAUUGCCAACUCUUCAUUCAGCAGUCAACACAGCAGCUCCACAACAUUCUACCAACUCAUCAGCCCUUACCUGGGUGGAGCUCCUGUGGAGGAUAUUCAAGCUCUUUCGACUCAAAACAUCAGCAUGGACAUCACCAUAUUCAUUAGUCUGAAUCCUGCUGUUCUCACGAUCCUAAACGUGAGCACAGUGAGGGCUCUAAUGGGGGUAAACUUGGCUGAUCUGAAGCUGUUUGAGAACUCCUCAGUGGUUCAGUCCUGGGUGUCACAACAGAACCAAGCUGAUCUGAACACGCUGAAUCUUGGCAUCACCAACCACAACCCUUGUUAUGGCGUAGACAGUCACCCACUUGAUAGCGAAUUUGCGUCCGGAAAUGUUUCCGCAGUACUGUGCAACUUUAGCAUUCCUGACUAUGCCUGUUCAUCAGUUGUUGUAUUGUCCUCUAAUGAUCUGGUCACACUACUCACAUGCAAACUGCCAAGCAGCCUGAGCGUCUCUAAAGAUGCUUGGAAGCUUUUCUUCCAGAGCUUUUCUGGACCUUUGGAUGAUGCCCUGGAGAGGUUUUCAAACAUGACAUACAGCAGCAAUCAGUCUGACCCUAAUAUACUUGACGCCAUCGGGGAGGUGAUAAUCGACAAGUUCGCCGCAGCACAGCUGACGAAUGCCACUUUCAUCACGGACUGGUUCCACAUAAGGCUCAGACCAUUUUUGUCAUCAGUGUCCAAAGAUUUUCUGUCCAGCCUUAGUUCAAAAACCUUCAGCUGUGAGACCUACCAAAUUGUGGUGGAAGCUCUCAGCAGUCAAGAAUCUCUCAUGAAAGAGGAACAGAAGCAGAUGAUAUUUAAUUCGUUCAUCUUUCCCUUCCUGCUAAGAGAUGAUCUUCCAGACCCUGCCUGCCUUUCCAACACUUCUGGCAGCGACGACUGGCUUGAAAAGAACCUUGGCGGUUUCUCCGAUUAUGCCCCCUUGGAAGAGCUCAAACUUCUAAAUGCAAAUUUCUCUAGCGUCGCAGUGUUAGGCUUACUGUCCAGUGAACAGAAGGCACAGUUCAUCUUGCAGCCGGAUUCAGGAGUGUUGGGAAAUGACUCUGUGUUUCGAGAGGUGUUUACCAGUGUGCUCACAUCCUCAGAUGUGAAUCAACUUGGCAGCUUCUUCGAAGCCUUCAACCAGACUGUAAUACAAAUGAACGUGACUAUUCCUUCAGCAAUAUCAGACAGCAUUCUGAACAUGACACUCUUGGAUCUGGUGCCUCACUUCCAAAGUUUCAGCCCAGAGGACUUUGCCCUGUGGUUCCAGACUUACCUUUCAUUGUUCCUUACAAGGAUUAGUUCAAACACCCUGUCGAUCAUCCCCAUAAACAUCAGCUGUGACUCCUACAGAGAGAUAGUGAAAGGACUUGAUAAUGUGUACAGCGACCUCUCUGCAACCCAGUCCAACACUGUCUUCAGCUACACACAAGACUACCUCGAGUACCAGUCCAGCCAAGGCCUGAGCUGCUACGGCACAGGAAGCUUCUACGUGUUCCUGAAAGAGUUGUUCCUCAGUUUCGGAUUCCCCGACCUGAACGAUUUCCUGUCCCUGAUCCCAGCCGACCGCCAGGCACAGCUUUUGAGCUCCAUCUCUCCGGAAGAACUCAGCGAGUUUCUGAACAGGCCGAACACAGUGAACAAUGCGUCUGAACUCUGCAGCCUCCUCGACGACUACAACAGAACCAAUGAAUACCUGGAGACGGAGCCUGUUCUGCCCUCUGCUGUGGCUAGCUACACAUUGGGGUGUGUGUGGUCUCGUGCUCUCACCGCCUCAUCUCGGGCUGAGGUAGAACAGUGGUUUAAUGUCACACUGGUUCACUACCUACCCUACCUCAACUCUCAUCUCAUCAGCUCCGACCAGCUCAGCGGUGCCUCCUGCCUCUCAUACAGAAAAUUGGUGUCUAUCUUGGGGGACAACUACAAUUUUUCUGCAACUGAUUUCACCCCAGCUGAUGUGUACAGCUCUAUUAAAGUGUAUCUGAACAGCAGCGAUGGCAGUCCCCGCUGCUAUAACUCCUCAGACCCUCUUCUGAACUCCACCGCCUGGUUUGCUGACAACAUUGGAUUCUUCAUCACUUUCAUCAAGCUCACUGAUCUGCAAUCAUUCCUAUCAGGAAACAUGUCACUUGUGUUCCUGGAGAACUCAGAAAAUCUUCAGCUAUUCAACAGCCCGGGCAUUUCCACCAGUGUCCUGGAGUACUACACAAACGAGUUAUACAUCCAGAAUCCUGACUUCAACCUACUCGGCUUGCCAGCUGAAUUGCUGUGUCAAACUGAUGCCUCCGUGUUUGAUCGUCUUGGAGAUGCAGACAUCACGACCAUCCUGAAUCGCAUCAACUUCUGCACCGAAAUAAAUCCAGAGGUCACAGCGGUGCUGGUAGCAAAGUUCCCCGAUGUAUCUGCCUCCACCAUCCAAUCUUUGGGCAGCCAGUGCGUGGGCCUGACUGUGGGCCAGAUAAGCUCCGCCCCCUCCGAUGUGAUAAACAGUUCUCUGACUAUACUCAGUAACAUCAAUGGCUGGGACCAGGGCCAAGUGAACUCCCUCAUCCAAAGCAUCCUGAGUGCAGGCUUUACUAUCAGCAGUGCCUCCUCUCUGGAGUCCCUGGGAACACUCAUCGGUGGUGUUCCCUCUGCAACCUUCUCAACCAUCCCAUCUUCUCAGUUUCUGUCUUUAUCUCAGAAUCCAACAUUCGUCGAUAACAUUCUCUCAGCGCCAGUUAUUCUGCAAACUACAUUUGUCCAGAAGGUAAUCUCUGUGGAUCAGACCAAAGUGAUACAGAAUGUUCCGGAUGCACUGGUGAUGUAUAUUCCACUUGUUCUACUGACGUCACUGAGCUCUGGUGACAUUUCACUAAUCAAUAACAAGAGCUGGAGUCAUGAACAGGCUAUGAUGUUGUUUGGUGCAGUGGCCAGUGCCAGUGAUGAUCCAGAAGAUCUGUCAGCAUCAGUACUGCAGGGAUUCUCCUGCAGCUCAGUUCAGACUCUCCCACAGGAAAAAGCCAAAGAUCUAGUGAAAGCCUGUAGACCACGUGCAGGCAGAGACAAGGUCCUACUGGAAGAGGCUCAGCUAACCUGCAUGUACAACAUCAUGAAAGAAGACUCUGUGAACUUUGCUGAUGUCCCUUCUGACAUGCUCCUCUACUACAACUAUGACAAAGUAAAGAAUGGGAAUUGCAGUUCAUAUUUCACGGCUUUGGGAGGAGCAGAUUUCUCUGUUCCUUCAAGCAUCCUCAACAUAGCGGCCACCCAAUUCAACAAUGCACGGGACUGCCUGGGUAUAUCUGGUGUGAGUCUGACCAGGCAUCAGGUGGAGGUUCUGGGGAAUAUGGCAUGCACACUGGACUCCUCCUACAUCCAGAGCUCUGACCCCAUAAUUCUGGAGAACCUGAAGAACUGUGGAGAUCUUUCUGAUUCUCAGAUGACUGCUGUACAGUCAGUGCUCCUCAGUGGGAACACUGCUUAUGGUAAUCCUCUAAAGUGGAAUGCACAGACUCUGAGGAAACUUGGCAUCCUGCCUCUCUAUUUCAAAUCAGACUUCUGGGAACAGUUCAGUUAUGAUGUAAAAAAGUCAUUUUUGAAGUCAUUCAUGCCAUUCUUGAGGAAUCAAAAGACCCCAAUACAGAAAUUGAGGAAUUUUUUUGUGGAAUGCAACUCCAAAUCAUCCAAAAUCAAUCGUGCUGCAGUAUGCACCACUGGCCAGAUCACAGCAGUGACAAUUGCAGAUGCAUCAUUUCCUUUGGGAUAUGACUCCACUCAAUUUGAUUUGUGUUUGAAUAACACUGUCCUGAAAGACAACCUGGCAGCCAUCACUGAGAAAGUAGUGGACCCCAGUUUCCAGACUGUUAUUCUAAACAAGUUAAACCAGCUCUACCCAACAGGAAUUAAUGAUGGUGUUCUACAGCUAUUAGGCUCCACAUCUCGCAUGGCAACUAUUGAUGAAAUUAGCAAGUGGAAUAUUAGCAUAAUUGACACACUGUUCUCUUUGAUGGCUCCAAAUAAUGGCAACUGGACGACAGAGCUGAGUAAUGCCGUGAUUUCAAGGUAUCUUGGUGUGGCUAAUCACACUCUUGGAACUGCUGAAAUAAAUGCAGUUGGUUCCAGCAUCUGUUCAUUAAAUGUCAGUGUACUGGAAAAUAUCACAGCUGUGAGCUUGAUGAUGGCAAAUGCUCCGGAUCUGUCCUUAUGUUCUAUUGAACAGAAAUCUGCUCUGUACAUCAUUGGCAAGUCCUCAUUCAGUGGACAAAACAGUACUGCAAAAAUAUAUUACCAACUCAUAAGGCCCUACCUGGGUGGUGCUUCUGUACAGGAUAUACAGGAUCUUUCUACCAAGAAUGUUAACAUGGACAUCACCACCUUCAUGAAUCUAAACCCUGCUGUUUUUAUGUCCUUAAAUGUGAGUGAAGUGCAAGGUCUACUUGGAGUGAAUUUGGCUGACCUGAAGCUGUUUGAGAACUCCUCAGCUGUUCAGUCCUGGGUUGUAAGGCAAUACCAGUCUAAUUUGAAUACCCUGAACAUUGGCCUCGUUGGGGGCAAAAUCCCCUCUGUGACAUCUCAACCAAACAUCACUACUGUCACCAGCAGCCAGAUGAACCAAACAACUUUAGCCAAUAGCACAGCUCAGGCAUCAGGAGCACCUAUGUUUCAUGCGGGAACAUGGUCUCUCCCUUUGUGUGUAGGACUCCUGACUAUUGCACACACUGUUCAAACAAAAUAAUAUCAACAUUUAAUUACUUUAAAGUACUAAGUUUCUAAGUUCUAUCUCAUGUAAAUUCUAUUAUUCACUAAGUAUUUGUCUCAGAACUACCAAUUAUUAAUUAUUAAUAUAUUAGUGUUUAUAGUAUAAUAUUAUGCAUGAAUAUAGUGUAAGUAAUUAUUAUGACAUAGACCGACAGUUCUGCAAUACAUUUUCUGGAGAUGUUUGUUUAUGAUCUCUAUGUUUGUUCUAUUAUUUCACAUACAAAUUUUGGGG